AUGGCUAACAAGCUCUUCCUCGUUUGCGCAACUCUUGCCUUCUGCGUCCUCCUCACCAACGCCUCCAUCUACCGCACCGUCGUCGAAUUGGAUGACGAGACCAACCCAGGCCCAUUCCGCCCACAACAGAAAUGCCAGAGGGAGUUUCAGCAAGAGCAACACCUAAGAGCUUGCCAGCAAUGGAUCCGCAAGCAACUUGUGGGAUCACCCUUCAGCGAAGACGACGACAUGGAAAACCCAUGGGGUCCUCAGGGGCAGUCUCUACGCCAGCAGUGCUGCCACGAGCUUUACCAGGAAGACCAAGAGUGCGUUUGCCCUACCUUGAAACAAGCAGCCAAGUCAGUUAGGGUCCAGGGACAGCACGGGCCAUUCCAGUCAAGCCGCAUCUACCAGAUCGCUAAGAACUUGCCUAACGUUUGCAACAUGAGACAAGUUGGAACAUGUCCCUUCAUUGCCAUCCCUUUCUUCCCUCCUUACUAA